AUAUCUGAAAUGAAAAUCCCGGAUGUGUUCAAACGACUACUUACCGAUAAAGUUAUCGGUCUGCAAUCACCUGAAACAAGAGCGGCCAUGAAAAAAGAUACCAGUCCUUUCACUUCGAUGGUCAGGACAAGUGACAAUAAGAACAGAAAACGUUUAUUCACCCCUGCUAACUUGAUUGAUGACCUCAACAAAUGCGAUGAUGAGCCGAUCCCCAAAAAAGUCGGAACUGGAGACCACGCGAUCAUAAAUGUCCCGGAGAAAAACUUGGGAUUUGUGGAAAAAGAGAUCGAAGACCUGACGGCUACACAGAAGGCCCUAUCACUAGAACUAACCCAGAAAAGAGAAGACUUAAACUUAAAAAGGAUGCCACCUGUCCCUCCUAAGCCGAUAUCCAUACCAGGAUGCAUACCCUUAAAAGUUGUCUGCGAUAAUUGCCACCAUCCUGGACACCGGGCAAAUGGGAAUCGAGGCAACAAAGCCUGUCCAUAUCUCAAAUGUGGAGGCUUCCACUACUGUGGCUUGCUAAACAAGCACAAGGAAUUCAAAGCAGAAUUGACUGAGGUAUUUUGAAAUUAUAUACAGUGUGAGGUCCCCUUUUACCACCCCAGCCCUGUACAAUACAUGUAUAAUUGAGUAAUCUGUACAUCUGUGCACAAUUCAGUCACAAAAUAAUAUCAUACAG